UAUAUAGAGCAACAGGAAUUUUGGUUUUGCGCUUUAUUACGUGACAAAUUGACAUACGAUAGUGAAUAGUGAAUGCGUAUUGCAAUUAAAACACUUUCACACGUGCAGUAUUCGGCAUUUUGGCAACGCGCUGAGUGGGAGAGGGACUACAGAUGUACCGGCGGAGGGAUACAUCACUCAAACUAAGGCACACCCGUUAGAUAGGGAUACUCUGGUGCAACACAAGGAUACAGUCUCCACAGAUUUUCCUCCAAACAUAUAUCAUAACACAGUUUGAUAUCGUUUAAGUUCUUCGUUGGAGCAUCUGACUUCUGAGUAAGGUCGUUAGAAAACCUUACAUUGCGUUUUGUCAUCUUCACGGAGCUUUAAACGUCAACGGGGCAAUGGCUGAUCAGCUGACUGAGGAGCAGAUUGCUGAGUUCAAGGAGGCGUUCUCGCUGUUUGACAAAGAUGGCGAUGGCACUAUCACUACCAAGGAGCUCGGGACUGUGAUGCGCUCUCUGGGACAGAACCCCACUGAGGCUGAGCUGCAGGACAUGAUCAAUGAGGUGGAUGCUGAUGGUAAUGGUACAAUUGACUUUCCUGAGUUUCUGACCAUGAUGGCCCGGAAGAUGAAAGACACAGACAGUGAGGAGGAGAUCAGAGAAGCCUUCAGAGUCUUUGACAAGGAUGGUAAUGGCUACAUCAGUGCAGCAGAGCUACGGCACGUCAUGACCAACUUAGGGGAGAAGCUCACUGAUGAAGAGGUGGACGAAAUGAUCCGCGAGGCUGACAUUGAUGGUGACGGUCAGGUCAACUAUGAGGAGUUUGUCCAGAUGAUGACUGCCAAGUGAAGAGAACACUGACAUUUCUCUCAGCGUUGCUUGAUCACUGUCUUUAAGAACCAAAAAAAGGAACAAUUACAAAUGAUAAACAAACCUGCCCCCCAAAUUCACUUAUAUGUAGAAUUUAACAAUUUGUGCUUCAGUACAUCCAAAUACUUCUAAGGUAUCUGUUUAGCGAACACCAACAGAAUAAACCCUAGAGAAGUUAAUGGACCAAGCUUUAAGAGGGCGAAGCCCCGACUUCAGACCAAGAUUCUGCUGAGUCACCCAGCUCCUGAUUAAUUUAGAGGGAAGAGCAACACUGAAAAGGCAGAGGGAUAGGAACCCAUGCCACAGUUGGAAUAGAGAAGUUGGCUAUUAAAUUCUUUCCCAUAUUCAACAAAGAACUCUAAAUACUGAAUUGAGUACUCUUCUUGCAUGCACCCUUUCUGUGGCGGUCUCUUGUCACAACAAGGAGGCUCUGAUCCCAUCAGAGGUAGUGGUCAGACUGUGUACACACUGGAGGUAUAUACAUUACUAUAUAGCUAUAUAUCUGUAAAAUUUGUGUCACUUUUGAUUAUUGCAAGAGCAAAUAGUUGCGAUGUAGGGUGUUCAUUGGUGCUCGGUUGCAGAAGAGCAUCCUUAUACCUUGAAGAGUUCGGACAAGAACGAGAGACUGAAAAGUGCUGACGUUUUUUCUUCCUCUCGGGGAUGUUAUGUUGUCUUGUUUUGAGUCGUGGGCUUUACAUUGCCUGCAGCACUGAUUGGAGACGGUAGUAUGGUGUAAUGCUUCGGGAGGAUUAUUGUGAAAACAACACUUGAGGACUGCAGUUAAUAUAUUUGUUCUGCAAUCAGAUAUCCUGAUGAUACAAUAUUGAUGUAAUGCUUUAUAAUUGUGUUCUCAAAUAUUAAUGUAUUGAUGACAAACUUUGGUCACCAAAUAUAUCUAUAUAUAUUAGUGUAUCGUAAAGUUUGCAUUGCCUAUUGUUGUAGUAAAUGACCUGUGACAUGUUUUCUCUUUGGUUUUGAAAUGUGCCAUAAUACUCUAAAACGCCUCAACCUUCUUGCAAGACUCGUAGUUCAUUAGAAUAUAAUAACUCUACUUAAUAUAAUAACGUAUAAAAAUACAUGCAGUUGAACAUAUUUGCACUUUGGUAUAAAUCAUGUGGAUAUUAAAAAGGUUUUGUGUAAAAGAAGAAAAACCAAAUGUCACUGUUGCUGCUGCUAUAACAACUCAUAUGUUACACUCAUUUCUCGUCCUUGUUGGUGUCUGAUCUUCGAUUUGUAGUCCGGUGAUUCAAUCUUCAAUCUGCUUGCUGUUUUACUGAACAGAAUACAUAUACUGUAUAUUCACAAAAACUACUGGUGGAGAGGUCGAUGUGUUUAGUGUGGGAAAUUCGAAUGGGACUUUCAGAUAGGGAUGAAAUGAGGUUGUAGCAAAGAAUUCAGCUUUAGAUUGUUUAGGUUUUCGAACAAUUGGCUAAAUUUAAGAAGUGAGUUAGCUGAGGUAUCUUAUGAUUUCCUCAAAGCAUGAAACUUCAAUACUGCUCUGCUUGAGGCGUUUUAAUUGGUUACCUUUGAUUCGGAUGUUGGGAAGUAAAUGGUAAAUGGACUGUUAAUUUCUGGAGGUAUCUCAAAAAUGUAAAGAUGUGAUAUAUUUUCCAUAAAUCAAUAAAUUGACUGAGCUUUACUUCA